UACCGAAUCAGUUGAAUACAAAAAAAUCUGCAUUUUUUAAGCAUCCAUUUUGAAAAAUGUCUCUACUCUCCGAUCUAACCAACCUUAAUCUAUCCGAAACCACAGAGAAGGUGAUCGCUGAAUACAUAUGGAUCGGUGGAUCUGGUACGGACCUCAGGAGUAAAGCAAGGACUCUCUCUGGACCCGUUGAAGAUCCUUCAAAGCUUCCCAAGUGGAACUAUGAUGGUUCCAGCACUGGUCAAGCUUCUGGAGAAGACAGUGAAGUGAUCUUGCAUCCUCAAGCAAUUUUCAAGGAUCCAUUCAGGAGGGGUAGCAAUAUCCUGGUUAUGUGUGAUGCCUACUCUCCUCGUGGGGAACCAAUUUCCACUAACAAAAGAAAUGCUGCUGCAAAGAUAUUCAGCCAUCCUGAUGUUGUUGCUGAAGAACCAUGGUAUGGUAUUGAGCAAGAAUACACUUUGUUUCAAAAAGAUACCCAAUGGCCUCUUGGAUGGCCUAUUGGUGGCUUUCCUGCACCUCAGGGACCAUACUAUUGUGGUAUUGGUGCUGACAAGGCUUUUGGGCGUGAAAUUGUUGACUCACAUUACAAAGCAUGUCUUUAUGCUGGCAUUAACAUUAGUGGAGUUAAUGGAGAAGUUAUGCCUGGUCAAUGGGAAUUCCAAGUGGGUCCAGCUCUUGGCAUCUCUGCUGGUGAUGAAGUUUGGGUUGCUCGUUACCUUUUGGAGAGGAUCACUGAAAUUGCUGGAAUUGUGCUAUCCCUUGACCCAAAACCAAUUAAUGGUGAUUGGAAUGGUGCUGGUGCUCACACAAAUUACAGCACAAAAACAAUGAGAAAUGAUGGUGGGUAUGAAGUGAUUAAAAAGGCAAUUAGUAAUUUGGAGAAGAAACACAAAGAGCACAUUGCUGCUUAUGGAGAAGGCAAUGAGCGUCGUUUGACUGGAAAACAUGAAACAGCUGACAUCAACACCUUCAAAUGGGGUGUUGCAAACCGUGGUGCAUCAGUGAGGGUUGGAAGGGACACUGAGAAAGAAGGGAAAGGAUAUUUUGAGGACAGGAGGCCAGCAUCUAACAUGGAUCCAUAUGUUGUUACUUCCAUGAUUGCUGAGACAACCAUUCUCUGGAAACCAUGAUCAACCACCUUAUUUUCAAUCAUAUUCAACCAAUUUGGAUCCACUUCUUCGUUUGGUUUGUUUUUCUUGACAGUGUGUGUUUGUUGCAUUCUUAUUGUUAUGUUUCUACGACCUUGUUGCUUCUUCGAAUCAAUUGUAACUUACAAUUGUAAUUCGAAUUUGCUUCAAGAGUUGACAAUAAUGUUAGAUUGUGUUUAUAAAAAAGAAGAGUUAGAUUGCUACUUGUUUUAA